AUGGACAAGCUUCCCCAAGAGGUCAUGGACCGCCUCGCGGGCCAUCUGUUCCCGUACCUGGCAUUCGGUGGCAAGUAUGACCACUUCCAAGAAAGCCCAGGACCGGCAGAGUUUGCCACGAUCUCCAAGACGUGGCAGAGGACCAUCGAGGCGAUGACCUUUCGCCGACUCGGAGUGUUGUCAUGCGACGACAUUCCUGAUGCCAAGUAUCUUUUGGGCAGAGAUCCCCAUCGGCUCGCCUCUGUUGAGAGGAUUGACUUCCUCAUCAAGGCUGAUGAUGUCCCGGCGGAGUUUCCUCAUAUCAGGGACCAGAAGCUUGUGCAGGAGUUUCACCUCCUUAUCAACUUCAUUAACGAAGUUUGGACCACGUUCACUCAGGAGCCAGGCAGCUUGAGCCAGCUGCCAUCAUGCCCGGCAGUCACUUCCCUUGCCAUCUACUUCAAGGAGGAGUUGCGGAGAGACUUCCUUCCGCGGGAUGAGUCGUUCGCGCCUCGGAAGUCUCGAGAAGCGGGCACCGCCCUGGAAAGUGGCAGGAAGGUCCCUCCAGCCUGGAUCAUGAACGUCCUUGCCAAGUUCCCCUUAGCCCGACAGGUCGACUACGAGAUCUUCAAAUUUAUUCUGUACCGACAAGGCCGAAUAAGAUCCAAUAUGCAACAGGAACUCUGCAACUCCCUCGGUGGCCCCGCCUUUGCACACCUCUCAAACCUCUCCCUUUGGUUCGGCCCCAACAACUUCCUAUCCGCCGUGGUUCAAGCCUUCCUCUCACACAAAAUGAUUCACCCUUCGUCAUCCAUGUCUAGAGGUACACGCGCCACCGACUCCCUCAACUCCGCUCUCCGGACUCUAUCCCAACAGCUCCAAGAGCUGCACAUCCACGGGCUCUUCUCUCUCAGUCCGGACCUCUUCAUCAACAGAGCCGACGAUGCUGACGAUGGCAACCAACCAUUCUGGCCUCGCCUCCGCGUCCUCCGAGUCACCACGACCCUCCUCACCCCGUGCGGCUCCAGGUGGCUUAUCCCACCGCACCGCUUUGGAUAUCCACGCAGAUGGAAGCGUGACUUCACCAUCAACGCUACUCUAAACUCGGCCACAGUCGAGUUCAACAAGCUCAUGACGGCGCUCUCGCACGGCAUGCUGAACAUGCCCCGCCUCCAGCUUCUCACGCUGGAUUUCUUGGUCGGUCCAGACGAACCCAACUGGCACGAUGAGGACGUGGACAUGACCGGCAACUGGACUGGGAGCGGCCAGGUUAUUGGGAACAACGCAUAUGUUCCUGGCAAGACGUACGAACUUGUGCGGUAUGUGAGGGAGGACAAUGAAAGAAGGAACAUGGACCAGUGGAGAGGUGGGAUCACGGAGAAGCCGGCGGAGGGCUACAGGUUUUGCACUUUGGCGGUGUUUAAUGACUGGUUUGUCGCAGGGAACAACAGACAAUUGUACUGGAGUCCGUUUCCGGAGGAGGCGGUGGAGAAUUGGAAUGAGUUGCAUAAGAGGAUCAAGGGGUUGACGGACUUGGAGGAGUGGAGGCGGAUGUAG